AGACUGAGAGGUGACCUUUUAGAGGUUUAUGAGGGCCACGGAAUAGGGUGAAUAGCCACGGUCUUUUUCCCAGGUUAAGGGAGUCUCAAACUAGAGGGAAUAUAUGUGAUGUGGAGGUGCCAGUGUUGGACUGGGGUGGACAAAGUUAAAAAUCUCACAACAUCAGGUAAUAGUGUUUUUUUAUGACAGAGUUAAAAUCAGUCAGCAGAGCUAACUGCUAAUGAGGUAAUGAUUGAAAGAAAGGAACUGCUGGGAACCAGGGGAAUGUGUCCUUGUAAAUCGUAGAGAAGACAAAUUCCAGGUAACUUUCCCUCGCUUCCUGCCAAUACCCAGCAGAGUAGACAAAGAAGAGUUAAGAGCCAGCACUGGAUGAAAAAGUGACGGAUAUUGAUGUAAGGCAACAGUCAGGAAUGAAGAUACUGAAGAUCAAGCUGAGGGCCCCUGAAGAUCCAUCCAGCAGACUUGUGGUAUGAUAAGAGGCAGAUUUGUAUUCGGGAAACUGAAACUCAACAGUAUGUUGUAACCUGAAAAUCGUCAGAUUUGGAAAAUGGAAGGAAAAAACACCAUUCACAGUGGUGAGAAAUCAUACACGUGUUCUGUGUGUGGACGAGGCUUUAACCAGUCAUCUGGCCUGUCAGGACAUAAAUGGAGUCACCGUGGGGAGAAACCAUGGAAGUGUGCGGACUGUGGGAAGGGAUUCAUUUCCCCAUCAAGGCUGGAAGCUCAUCGACGCAUCCACACCGGGGAGAGACCAUUCACUUGUACUGAGUGUGGGAAGGGAUUCACUCAGUUGUCCCACCUGCUGUCACACCAGCGAAUUCACACUGGGGAGAGGCCAUUCAGCUGCUCCGAGUGUGGGAAGGGAUUCACUCAGUCAACCCACCUGCUGACACACCAGCGAGUCCACACCGGGGAGAGGCUGUUCACCUGCUCCAAGUGUGGAAAGGGGUUCACAGCCUCGUCUAUCCUGCUGAGACACCAGCGGGUUCACUCUGACGAGCGACCUUAUAAGUGUCCGGACUGCGGGAAGUGCUACAAAAGCUCUGAGGAAUUGAUGUCCCAUCAACGUGUUCACACUGAUGAGAGACCGUUCAGAUGCUCUCACUGUGGGACAGGAUUCAGGUUAUCAUCACAUCUCACUGUCCAUCAGCGAGUUCACACUGGGGAGAGGCUGUUCACCUGCUCUGAGUGUGGGAGGGGAUUCAGUGAAUCAUCUACCCUUCUGAGACACCAGCUUGUCCACACCAAUGAGAGAUUGUUUAAAUGCCCAGACUGCGGCAAGUGCUACAAAAGCUCUGGAGACCUGAUGUCCCAUCAACGCAUUCACACUGACGAGAGGCCGUUCAGAUGCUCUCACUGUGGAACUGGGUUCAAGCACUCAUCUCACCUCACUGUCCACCAGCGAAUUCACACCGGGGAGAGACCAUUUACUUGUUCACAGUGUGGGAAGGGAUUCACUCAGUCAGCUCAUCUGUUAAGACACCAGCAAGUUCACAAGCAGUUACAAUUUCCAGCGGCUGUGAUGUUGUGCUAUCGUCGUAUCCCAGGCCUCCUGAGUAAGAGCUUUUCAGAAAAGGGUGGUUUUCAGCCUGUCGUGGCUGCGUUGGCUCUUGGCGAGAGUAAGACAAGCUCAUCCUACCCUUCACUAACCGGUCCAGCGCAUAUUGCCAAAAUACAGUUGCGCACAGAGAAGAGAGUGUUUGCCUAUCUUAAGUCGCUGCAGUCCGGAUGCUGCCUGACCCUGCUGUGCUUUGCCAGCGCCGCACUUUUAGGCUCUGACUCUCCUCGCGUUCUCCCCUUUGGGACGGCAAGUUCUGCCCUCGCCUGGAGAAGGUCGGUGAACCAGCCCAGCCGCUUUCAUAGUCACUCCAUCCCUUUGCAAAUGACCGGCUUCGAUCAGCGCAAUUCCUCAACCCGCCUGUGCAUUUUGUUUUUGUGGGUGUGUGGGUGUGGCUGUGGGUUGUCUCUCGCUGCACAGUUCUCAUUUCUAAUUCAUUUCACAGGGAAGGAUUGGCGGCGCCGGGUCUCGAAGCCAAAGCGUCGCAUUCCGGAAACCCCCUUGGCAGGACCCAAACGCCGCCAGUGUUGGAAAAUGCCGCGAGGGAGCGCCGCUCACCGGGCAGAGAGGCCGUGGAAGUGCGGGGAGUGUGGGAAGGGGUUCGGCUACCCCUCGCAGUUGGAAACCCACCGGCGGAGUCACACCGGCGAGAGGCCGUUCGCCUGCCGCGACUGCGGCAAGGCCUUCACCGAAUCCUCCUCCCUGCAGAAGCACCAGCGCGUUCACACGGACGAGAGGGAGUUCCAGUGCGCCGACUGCGGCAAGGCCUUUAAGAACCAGCACGCACUGAACGGGCACCUGCAGGCCCACGUCGGCUUCACCCCGUUCGGCUGCGCCCAGUGCGCGAAGAGGUUCCGGACGUCGACCCAGCUGCUGAGGCACCAGCCGGUCCACACCGACGAGAGGCCGUACCAGUGCCCGGUCUGCGGGAAGCGCUACAAGGUCGCCCGGGACCUGACGCUGCACCGGCGCGCCCACGCCGACGAGAGGCCGUACCGGUGCGCGGGCUGCGGGGCCGGCUUCAGGCGCUCCUCCGAGCUCGCCGCGCACCGGCGGGUUCACACCGGGGAGAGGCCCUUCGCCUGCUCCCAGUGCGGCCGGGCCUUCGCCCAGCUGGCCACCCUCCGCAACCACAGGCGGGUGCACUCCCAGGACCGGCCGUUCGCCUGCUCCGCGUGCGGGAAGGGCUUCAGCCGCUCGUGCACCCUGCUGACCCACCAGCGCGUGCACACCGGCGAGAGGCCCUUCCGGUGCCUGGACUGCGGCAAGUGCUUCAAAAGUUCCGGGGACCUGAUGGGCCACCAGCGCGUGCACACCGACGAGAGGCCCUUCCGGUGCGCGCGCUGCGGGGCCGGCUUCAGGAGGUCCUCCCAGCUGACCGUGCACCGGCGGGUUCACACCGGGGAGAGGCCCUUCGUCUGCUCGGUGUGCGGGAGGGGGUUUAAUCAAACCUCCAACCUGCUGAGGCACCAGCGGGUUCACCGGUAACGGCAGGGGCUGAAUCAUAUAAUCCCCUGCAGCGUAGAAACAGACCCUCCGGCCCAACAAGUCCACACCCCAUACCCUAUUGUCCCUUAUUUACCCCCUGACUAACG